UGUAUAUAUAUUGAAAUGGAUUAUUGCAUAAUGAGUCUGAAAGAGGCCAUCAAAUUGAAAGCACAGGUAUUUCAAAGACAAUCAUCAGAUGAACCCAUGGAUUGUAUGGAGUAUUACAUUACGUGUGAAAUACUAUUAGAAGUGUUAGAAUGUGUCCGAUAUUUGCAUGAAUUGAAUCCACCGGUCAUUCAUCGCGAUCUCAAACCCGACAACAUAUUGAUAGCACACGUCAUUAGAAACGGACGGUUCGUUAAGUUAUGUGAUUUGGGAUUAAUAACAGUUCACGAAAUGGUAGAACAAAGUCAUACGUCAGGUGUGGGAAGUCCUAAAUAUAUGGCACCCGAAGUCAUAAGUGGUCGCAAAUAUGACACCAAAGCUGAUGUCUAUAGUAUUAGUGUUAUUAUUGAAGAGUUGUUCGAUGCGGAUGUCAAUGAUUCACGCGAUAAAUAUAUAUUACAUGAAUGGAGUGACAAAUAUUGUAAUCUAUUGAAUGUUAUUAAACAUACGAUGCAACCGGUCUAUGAUGACAGACCUACCUGUGCUCAGAUCAUUGAACAGUACAAUGAAUGGGCUAUCGAUAGCACAGUUGUUACAAAUGAUGUCGAGUUUAAUGAAAAACUCCAACAAAUCAAACACAAGGAAUGGAAACUCCGUAUAGAAAACAUGGAUUCAGAGCCAGAAUUAUGGCAAUUGUUUUAUACAUUUGUUUGCAUUAAAACUAAAUAUUUUAAUAUAACAUUUUAGAUAGUAUUAGGGUUAGAUUGAGAUUCCCAGGGAGGGAAGUUCCCAAAUAAAAUCCCUCCUAUUUUCCCGGAAAAUAUG